AAAGGGUAGGGCGAGCGGGCGAGCUGGGCGUGCGGAGGUUCUGGUCGCCGUGGCGGCCCCGUUCUCGCGCUCUCCAUGGCUGCUCAGCCUCCGCCGUCCGUGCCGCUCACUCGGCGGCCCCUGUUGCUCGGCCAAGCGGAGGGCUCGCAAGACGCGGUGACCAUGGCGGCCAUCGUGCCCAAGGAAGAGGGGCUCAUCAGCGUCUCGGAGGACAGAUCCGUUCGGGUCUGGAUGAAGAGAGAUAAUGGUCAAUUUUGGCCAAGCAUCUACCAUACAAUGCCAUGAAUUUAUUUUAUCAGAAGAUUACAACAAGAUGACAGCAGUUAAAAGUUACCAGGCUCACCAGGGCAGAGUGAUGAUGGUCCUUUUUGUUUUGGAAAUGGAAUGGCUCCUGAGCAUUGGGCAGGAUAAACACUUUACUUGGCACUGCUCUGAAAGUGGCCAAAGGCUUGGCAAUUACCGGAUUAGUGCAGGCGCUUGUGGAUUACAGUGGAAUCAGUGCCCUGUGUUGGGACCCUGUGCAGCGGGUCUUAUUUUCAGGCAGUUCUGAUCAUUCCAUCAUCAUGUGGGACAUUGGAGGAAGAAAAGGAACAGCCAUCGAGCUCCAAGGACACAGUGAUAAAGUUCAAUCCCUCUCUUAUUCCCAUCACACUCGGCAACUCAUCUCUUGUGGGGCAGAUGGCAGGAUCGUUGUCUGGAAUAUGGAUGUUGAGAGGCAAGAGACACCAGAAUGGUUGGAUAGUGACUCUUGCCAGAAAUGUGACCAGCCAUUCUUCUGGAACUUCAAACAGAUGUGGGAUAGCAAGAAAAUAGGCCUUAGACAGCAUCAUUGCCGAAAGUGUGGAAAAGCAGUGUGUGGUAAAUGCAGUUCGAAGCGCUCUUCCAUACCUCUGAUGGGAUUUGAAUUUGAAGUGAGAAUCUGUGAUACUUGUUAUGAAUCAAUAACAGAUGAGGAACGUGCUCCUACAGCCACCUUCCAUGACAGCAAACACAGCGUUACCCAUGUACACUUUGAUGCAACACGGGGUUGGUUGUUGACAUCUGGAACAGAUAAAGUUAUGAAGUUGUGGGAUAUGACACCAGUAGUAUCUUGAUGCGGUGCUGAAAUGGGAGCAAUACAGUAUUAAUGAAGAAGAGAUUCUUAAUUCUGUUAACAGAAAAUGAAGCAAGUUAUGUACUGACUGAUAAAUGAGAGAACUAAUAUUGCUGGAUGCAUUUUUUUCAAGUAACCUACCAAAUUCAGGGUGAGGAUUUUGCACCAAAUGAUCUACUUCACAAAAUGCAGAUUUUUUAAACAACAACAACAACAACAACAACCCUUAAAAGACUUCUCUUGUCUGGCUUCAUUGAGCCAUUUGGAACUCAUCUGGAAGUUUCUGUAUGUAACAUUAUUUGUGUUUUGUGUUGAUAUGCUGCUGAGGUGGUGGAUCUUUGCAAAUGUGAGCAGUUGCCUGCAAUAUUAUAUUGGUAAGAUUGUUCUUAAAGAGACAAAAAGGGAAAAACCAAGCAUUUCUGUUUUUUGUUUCAUUUUCACUUUCAUUAUGAAAUACAAAAGGUCAACCGGCUCUUUUGCAUUUAUGUUCUAGAAAAUGGUACUAUGAAUUUAAGAGUGGGCAUGGAGAGAAAAUAGACCAAGUCCAGUUUUUCUUCUUCCAAAACCAACUGGAAUGUUUAGUUUAUUGCAUCAUCAAAAUAGCCAACCAAAGCUUUGUAGUUCUGGGCAUAGCCAGUAAGUACACAAUCCAGUUUUGACUAACAAAACACACAACUUCAAAUGGUUUUAUAGUUGGCAGUAAUUAAAAGGGCCCUCCAUGUGAGUUGGAUCACUUCUGAAAUUUCCUCUGGGGAGUCUGCUGAAAUUGUGCUUUACUAAGUAUGGUUUGAAACGAAUUGUCCCAUUCUUGUCACUUCUCUGGAAGGAUGUACGGUAUAUUUUUAAAAAAUGCUGAUAAUUGUAAUUUUUAAUUUUCAGUGUAACUCUCAAAUUAAUAUAGUGAAACUUCACAUUUUGCAUUCUUGGGCAAAUUUUUCAAAAAAAUAAAAAAAAAAACAUGAAUUAAAAA